AUGCGUUUCGCCCUUGUUGCCGGAGCCCUGGUGCUGAGUGCUUCCGUCUCUGAUGCGCGCUCUGUCCCACUCACUCCAUCGAAGAAUGCCCGAACCACCUUAGUCAGAACAGAAGCUCUCAACAUCCGGAUUGGAACGCCUAUCCAUCUGUCAAUUGCCAGGAGGUCAUUGAUCCAAGAAAAUGCAACCCAAGCACCACAAGACAUACUUUCACGUCCAAAUGCAGCUGAGGCUAAAUCAUCACCCAACAUGCCCGAACCUCCCCCCAAGAAAUCGGCUCCCAAGCCUGAAGAUGACGGCUCGCGAGUUCAUGCUUAUUCUCAGCCUGAUUCAAGACGACGAUCGAUCCCCAUUACUCCGGUAUCAGCAGUAGCUCAAGGAUCACUUGCCUCGACAAUAGGCGACAAACUUCCUCAAGCUUUUACCAUCAAACUGGCCAAUGCUGAAUCCAACCAGCUUGCAGCAGAGCAACCUUCACCUGUCUACAUCAUCAAGCCAAUUUCCGCCGAAGUAACAACGACUAUUGCGGAGAAAAUCAAGCCAAGCGCAGCAGUCGUCGACGCGGUUGAUAACAUCAAAGAAGGUGGAGAACCUACCACGGCCCUUCUGCGAGCUAUCGAGCACUACCGGGAGGAAGUGUUGCAAGAAAGCCCAGCUGGCGCUGUCACCUCUACGCUUCCAUCGCCCGUCUCCAGCAUCUCUAACAACCUGUCAAUCCCUCAAACCAAAAGAGCCGUAGAAACAGUCACCCGUGCUGUCUCCAGAACUGCUGCAAACCUUUCACCUCUUCAAGACAACACCCCCGCAAUUGGCCCUAUUGGAUCAACUUCUGUCAGCGACUUCGACUCCGCGGGUCUAUCUGCCCAAUAA